CCUCUGUUCCCCUCCCAGGGUCCCUGCAGCAGCAGCCAGGCUACCAGUAUGAGCUCCAAGUGCAGGAAUCGGUGACAGUGCAGGAGGGUCUGUGUGUCCACGUGCCCUGCUCCUUCUCCUACCCGUGGAGUUCGUGGUCUUCCCCUAGCAGCCUCUACACCUACUGGUACCGGGUCAGGGACAACAUAGACUAUGCUGCUCCUGUGGCCUCAAACAACCCACAUAAACCAGUGAAGAGAGAGACCCAAGGCCGCUUCCUCCUCGGGGACCCCAGGACCAACGACUGUUCCCUGAACAUCACAGACGCCAGGAGGAGUGACUCAGGACGUUACUUCUUUCGAGUGGAGAGAGGAAAUUCUGUGAGAUAUAAUUACCGAGAGAAGAUGCUGGAUUUGCAGGUGACAGACAAACCCCACAUCCAGAUUCUGGAGCCCCUGGAGUCCGGCCGCCCCACACAGCUGGCCUGCAGCCUGCCAGGGUCCUGUGAAAGGGGACAGCAUUUCACCUUCUCCUGGGCGGGAGCCGCUGUGGACUCACUGGACCCCCAGAUCCGCCGCUCCUCGGUGCUCACCUUCACCCCGAGGCCCCGGGACCACGGCACCAGCCUCACCUGUCAGGUCCAAGUCCAACAGCCUCUGUUGACCUCACAGAGAACCAUCCGGCUGGACGUCUCCUAUGCCCCAGGGAACCUCACCAUAGGCGUCUCCUUCAGAAACGACACGGAGCCCCUCCCAGCCCUCAGCACCAGGGCUGCUGGCGCUGCCCCAUGUGGGGCUGGAGGCAGAGGGGAGUUCACCUGCCGGGCUCAGCACCCACUGGGCUCCCAGCUCCUCUCCUUCAGCCUCUCUGUGCAGAGCUGCCCUCCCUGCAGAUGUGUGACCGAGGAGCAGCGGGGCUCCUGGCCCCUGGUCCUCACCCUGAUCAGAGGGGCCCUCAUGGGGGCUGGCUUCCUCCUCACCUACGUCCUCACCUGGCUCUACUACACCAGGUGUGGAGGCCCCCGGAGCAGGAGGCAGAGCUCCUGAUGGAUCCCCCCCUUCCUCUUGAGAUGGGACUGA